AAGCUGCAGAGAGGAGCUCGUGACGUGUAUAUCUGAUAUCAAUGUGUUAUAACUCUUGUAUAAAGGUGUGUGUGUGUGUGUGUGUGUGAGUGUGUGACCCCAGGUGAGACCCCUGAUCCGCGCAGCUCUCGCGACGCACCUUUUAUCUUUUGACGGCGGUGACGCAACAGGUUUUCGUCACUUCGGGAUUUAUCUUGGAUGAGUCCACUCACACUGACGGUAGCACAUGGGAAAACCCCAGGGCAGCGCGGGCAGAUAAAACUCCUGCAACAAAUGGAAGCUGGUAGAUUAUUUACCGAGUGUACCGGCGGACAGACACCGAGCGCGAGACGGAGACAGCCGCCCUGACAGACAUGAACCCUGCGAUCGCGUUGGUCCUGCUGCUCUGCUUCCUGUCGCCACACCUCGUCCUCUCGGCACCUGUCCGCUCACCGGCUGAGCCGCCACCAGCGUUCACAGAGGCGGCGGAGCGAGCCAAGACGCUGGUGGAGAAAAUCCUGAAAGACAUCCCGGCCGCGCACGCCGCCGUCAUCACCACCGAGGGUUUGACCCUCGACCCCUCGGCUCAGACCACCAACCUGCAGAUGAUGAUGACAUCACUGGGGAUCCCCCCCGCCCCCGUCCUCAAACCGCCGUCUGAAAGCUUCACUCUGGACGUCUGGGUGAGCAGCAUGUCAGCGGGCGGCCGGCUGUACCAGGGGCUGCUGGGAGUUUUAUCAGACAGACUGAGCGGACUGAGCAACCUGCACGCCGACCUCCGAGACCUGCUGACACACAUUGCCAAGAUGAAGGAGGCGGCUCAGCUCGGCGACGCGGCAGACCAGAACCAGAGUCUGGACCUGGCCUCCCGUCUCCCUGGUAACUACGAGGUGCAGGUGGCAGCGCACCUGACGCUGACGCAGCUACGCUCCUUCUGCCACGACCUGAUGCGCAGCCUGAGAGCUGCCGCCACCUACAGGCUGCCAAGCCCCACCCAUCCUGCCGCAGGGACACAAUAAGCUGUCUGAGGUGUCUGAAGGAAUAUUUCUCAAAUAAUUUGACUUUUUUCUCAAAGUAUUCCUAUUUUUUUUACUCGGGCAGAGUUAAAGUCGAUAAAAGAAACAGUUGAGGUGUCUGGAGAUGUCUUGUAAGGGACAAAGAAAGCAACAUUUUCUGAACUAUCUCUGUAAUUAAAAUGGCAACAGCGGCCUCUAGUGGCCGACCCAAGACUACUACCUUACGUUAGUUAGGAGAAGUUACGCUACAUUAGCUAUUAAGAAAUGCGUGUUUAUUCCUCGGAGUGUUUUUACCCAAACCACGAUCUUUCACCUAAACUUAACUGUCAUCGGCGUAGCCGUAUCCCUUGUAGCCUCAACGGAUGAACUGUGAACAGAUGUUGACCAUGAUCAGAUGUUAAAGAUGAGCAGAUGUUGAACAUGAACAGUACAGACGCCUCUGAGUGAAGAGGAUCUCUGUGUUUUCUAAAGACUCGCAGGAGAAACGGGAAAGCAGCGGAGAGCUGGAAACAUUUCUCAGUAGAGAGGGAACUGAGCUUUAUUGUGAAAGCAGUUUUAAAGUAACGGUGUUACUUCCUGUCCUGAAGAUGAACCCUGAAAAGACGUUGACCAUGAACAGUACAGAUGCCUCGGAGUGAAGCGUCUUCUUGCAGAGAGGAUCUUUGUGAGCGCUGCUGAAGCUUAAUUUAUCUAUCUAUUUAUUUAUUUAUUUGUUUGUUUCCAUGUGAGAGCUGAGCUUUUAUUGUGAAGGUCUGCUUCCUGCUGUGAUCCCCUGCAGCGUCUCUGAGCCUCCGCCAGACGGCGGGCAGGAAUGUAAACGAGUUGAGAAAGUUUCAGGAAUGAGGAGAUGAAUAGACAGACAGGUUCAGACCUGCAGGAACUGCACACGGACUCACAGCAGCACUUUACUUAUUUAUUCACAUUUUAUAUACAAAUCAAAGAUAUACAUAUAUAUGUCUGUCUGUGUGUCUGUCUGUCUGUGUGUCUGUCUGUCUGUCUAACAGAACUUUUGCUGUGUUUAUUUGCCGCUCCAGUCAGAGAGACUGAAGGGAAACAACACAAAGUUAAAGUUAUUUUAAAAUCAUAAGAGUUUAGAAAGUUUUAAAAGUUAAUGUUUGUUUCUGUAUAUUUGUAUUUAUUUAUAUUUCAGAUGUUUGGAUGUAAAUGUUUGAGAUUUUUAUUUAAUAAUUUUAUUUAUUUGGUUAUUUAUGCUGAAAUAUAUUUUUGGACUUUGUAUACAUUUGUGUUUGGUCUGAAAGAUGAACUUUAUUUAUUUAAAUGAUAUCUUUAAUUAUUGUUCUUCAGACAGAAGUUUGUUUGUCUUUCUUGAAAACUGUUUGAGACUUAAUAAUAAUAUUUAUCUCUGUUUUGUGAGUUUUUGUUUACUGUUUGUUAUUUUUAUUAUUUUUUAAAAAUAUUUUUGAAAUAAAGAAAAUACAAAAAAAUAAAAAAGUUUUAAUCUUUAUUUUCAUUUCUUUUUUGCGUGUUGGGGUGCGUUCCAUUCAGCGUGUCGGGGUGCGUUCCAUUAAGGGAGUCAACAGGCGUUCCAUUCAGCUUCGCCAACGUCAAAACAAAAGCAGAAAUAUUCUGGGGAAAAAAUCAG